AUGGAAGCCAAGGAGACUGUAGACGUCGCAAAGACUGCAGAUAUCACAAAGACCGAUGAUACCGCAGAGACCCAGAAUGCCACAGAGACUCAAAAUGUCGCAGAGACUCAGACUCAAAACAUCAAAGACCUUAAAGAUGCCGUUGCGGUCUUAGAUCCUGAGCGCCUCGAGGAGCUACGAUGGUUCAAGCACGCAGAAAAGGUCAUCAGCUCGAACUUUCCCAGGCAUCCUAAAGAAUCCGACGACAGCUGGCUGGACCGACUUCUGUAUCCCGCGCAGACGAUGAAACAGCCCAACUGUCCUUUGGACAUAAUCAUCUCGAAAUUGCGCACCACAAUCGAGGCGAACGGAAGAAAGACACCAACGCUUCGCAGAAUCAAAUUUGUCAUCUGGCUGGGCCUUCUAACUCGAGACUGGCUAGAGGCUGAGACCCUGAAAUGGAUUGCCAAUCAAGAGUACUUGCUUUAUCAAUGCCGUGGUUACAAGCCUGACGAGGACACUGGUCUCUGGCUUUCUGCCUUAGGCAGUGUCACUGAGAAGCGAACACCGCAAGAAGUGCAUGAAGAGCUGUUUCUCAGACUCAAAGAAUUGGAGGAGUCCUUCACAGAAGAUUUUGACGACGCCGAACUCCGCAACCUGAUUCGUCAACCAGACGAAUGGCACUGCGAGCCGAAAUGUCUACCCAACAAGAUAUGUCCAUCAAGAAAGCGUCAAAGCCAAUCUGAAGAGGUCAUCAGCAGAGAAACGCGACUUGAGACUGAAUUACUCAAACAUUUGGCUUUUUUCGAGGAAUUGGAACCAAUCCUUGACCUUGGCCUUAGAAAGUACAGUGUGACAAUCUUGGCGAGAAGGGAUCAAAUUGCCGCCUACACUCAGACAUACAACAAUGCGGUCGACUCGUUCCUGCACGACAGAGACCCGACCUGCAAGUAUAGCGAUCUGCAAACCAUGCUGAAAAUCAUCAAGCUUGCAAAAUCUGGAGAAGAGGAAGAUAUGGAGUACUGGCGUCGAACCUAUACUUGGUUGCAGUCUGUUCAGAUCACUAUGGCACGCCUACAAAAGCAGCUUAUCGCCAAGAGGAAGAACAAUCACAACCGCAACAAAAACAAGAACAGAGCCCUGAAGAAGAAACUACUCAAGGAUGAAAGCAAGGACAGCGAAGCUGGAACUGACGCGGUGGCUGAGCAAGAGAACGAGGAGGACGACUCGGAAAGCGAGGCGGACGAGGCAGAGGACGAUGGUGCUGAGGACUACGACGCAGCUCCCUGUCUGCCACAAGAUCGCAUUGGUAGUGCUUCAACAGGCAUGACUCGACGUUUUAAGAUGCUUGGAGAUCUCGAACUUUCAUUGAAGGAUUGGGGUCGAGCUAUUGAGAGAGAGGCGGCACGUGCACAUGGCACAGCGACCCUUUGA